AUGGAUUUUCUUAAGGUGGCAGAAUUGGGUAUUAUAUUUGCAUUGCUUAUGGUUCAUAAUGCUAUUGCUGCUCCUGAAUCUGAUCUUAUAGAAAAGUUGCCAGGCCAAACAGAGAUUGUUCCCUUCAAGCAGUAUGGUGGAUACAUUACCACUGAUGAAGAGCAUGGUAGAGCAUUGUAUUAUUACUUUGUAGAGGCCCAGACCAAUGCUACAUCUAGGCCCCUGGUUUUGUGGCUCAAUGGAGGGCCUGGAUGUUCAUCACUAGGGUUAGGAGCAUUCGAGGAGAAUGGUCCUUUCAAAUUAAAUGGCGAAGUUUUGGAACAAAACAAGUUCUCUUGGAAUACAGGAACAGAUUCAAACAUGCUGUAUGUAGAGAGCCCAAUUGGAGUGGGAUUUUCUUAUUCAAAUACAAGUUCAGAUUAUGAUUUGCUUAAUGACACUUUGACUGCCCAAGAUAACUUGGCAUUCCUUUUAAAUUGGUUUCAAAAAUUUCCAGAAUUUUUAGACACAUUCUUUUACAUAAUUGGAGAGAGCUAUGCAGGGCACUAUAUACCUCAAUUGGCAACCCUUGUGAUAGAUCACAACAAAAAUUCAAAUGUUACACCUAUCAACUUGAAGGGAAUUGCUAUAGGAAAUCCCUUCUUUGACAUCGAUAUCAGUAUAAACAAUGGUGAAUUUAUGUGGUCACAUGGCUUGAUUUCAGAUGAAACUUACCAACUAACUCAAACUAUCUGCAAUAAUUCUAGAUUAUGGACAGAGAAGUAUCUUGACCAAAAUACAUCUGAAGCUUGUAACAAUACUUUCAAAAAAGUGUAUGCUGAAAGUGGAGAUAUUAAUGAUUAUGAUGUUACCUUAGGUAUUUGUUUAGAUGAGAAAAAAAUAUCCAAGCUCCAAGGAGGAAUUUUAUCAAAUUUUGAAAAAAACGGAGUUAACCUUUGUGCUGAUGAUGACACAUUUACAUAUCUCAACACAAAUGAGGUGCAAGUGGUACUUCAUGCAAGUAGAAGUAACGAUACUAUUAUGUGGAAGAUUUGUAAUAGGUCUUUGCACUAUGAUCAAAGGAAUAGAGGAAUCAACAUUAUUCCAAUUGUCAUUGAACUUUUGAAUUCCAAUCUACCCAUCAUGCUUUUUAGUGGAGAUCAAGAUUCAGUCAUCCCAUUUACUGCAACAAGAACAAUAGUUAAUAUUAUAGCAAAGCAGUCGAAACUAUUCACAAUCGGCACAUAUGGUACUUGGUAUAACAACCAACAAGUUGCAGGAUGGACUCAAUCGUAUGGACACAUAAUAGAUGGAAAAAAUCAAACUAUGUUAAAAUUUGCAUCAGUAAGGGGUGCAGCACAUCAAGUACCAUACACUUCUCCAUCUGAAGCACUCACUUUGUUCAAAGCUUUCAUUGGAGGACUACCUUUGCCUACUAGUUGA